ACAGCUUCAGUAGCCCCGAGCAGACGAUACAUACUAGUGCGUAAUAACAGUGAACUAAUUCGGGGUCAGGCGAUGACACGGACUGUCGACGGAUUGUUUUAAAAAACUGUUACAGUAUGCAGUUUAUCAGAGUACAUUCGUUAUUAUAAAUUCUGGCAUCUGGUAACAGAGUAGUCCUUUUGUUAUCUUAAAGAUGAUGUGUUUCAACGCUGCAGUGUAUUUAUUACCCUCGUGUACUCUGACAGUUUUUGUCUAGCGCUAUAUUCCACGGAGAAGGAGGAUUUUAAUCAGUUUGUUACAACAAAUACACUUUAUGAUGGAGUGGUUCCCAAUGUGUGUAAUUCUAGUGACCCUGGUUUUACCCGGAAGUGACCAGCAGUCGCCAGACCAAGGCUCGGGUUGCGGGGUAACCGUGUGUUAUGGUGGAAGCAAAAUGUUGCUAUGCGACAGGUCUCAGAUUCUCAUAACAAACGUCACAGAGUCGAGCACAGGAACUGAUGACGUCAGAGCUUUCCAGAACUUGCGGCGCAUGUGCAUGGGGAAGUCAUCAUGUGACACGUCAGUGAUCUGUAAAAAAAAGAGCCUCAAGGUUUCUUAUCUUUGUAUCAGUGAGUUUUCCAUGGAGCGUAGUUGUCCGGGCACAUUACAGAGUCUUGCGUCAGCCGACGGUUUCAUUCAGAGUCCUUCUUACCCUUCAACUUCUAUUGAACGCUGUCAAUGGCAAAUCAGCGUCCCUAAAGACUCUUACGUCACAAUUACUGUCCAUGACCUUGAGAAAACAGGUCAGACUCAAUCUCACUGCGAGGCUGGUAUCCAACUCUCGACCACGCGAGAUUGUGUAAACCAUACACUACCGUCCAAGACCAUAUGUCACGCCGACAACCUCGACCCCAUGAUCGCGUGUGGCGUUGUCACAGUCAACCUCGUUCCCAGCGACAGACAACAUUCCAAAGUGAGGUUCUGGUUAUCCUACAAAGUUAUUCAAUUUGGAGAUGACUUUGACCUUGACCUUCGGCAGCUGUCCACUACCUGUCCGGAGGGUACCUAUGACAAACACAUGUCGGUGGUCAGUAGUCUUCAGGGAUUACCGGACGACAGUUUUAUACAACCAGAUCCGUUCGAUAUUACAAGUAAAGAAGUAGUAACGUCCAACAUUACAAUUCUGGAGAGAAGGGAGAUAAUUCAAGCAGAUAUGACGGAACGAACAGUAUUCUACAUAGCCGUAGCUGUAGCCGCCAUAAGUCUAACGGGACUGGUCAUCGUCACAGUUGUUUGUAUCAGACGACAGCGCACUCUUAAAGCUGCUGGGUCUAUUCAGGUUAAUCGACUUCCGGCACAUCCAACGGUCAGCAACGCAUCAGCAAAUAGACCACUUCCGCCGAUCGACAAGGAAACUAAACCCGUUAAACAGAACGGACAGCCGGCGGCACGUGCUAGCCUCCAGGACGGAUACAGUAGGGUAGCGGACGAGAUCCCAUACAAUUCGAGCCAAGACUCCACGCGCUCCCCCGCGUACGCCGAGGUGGACGACAAUAUUAGCCCCGCCCCCGGGCACCAUGUUUUUAGGUUCGGUCUUAAUGGAGAAAGGAAGUCUUCCGUGGAAAACGUCUAUUCUGAACUCAAUGAAGAGGGCGAUGUUUAUUACGAAAUUUAUGAUAAGUAUGCUGCAUCCCCAGGACCUCUGUCUAACGACCAUGCCCAAUUACUUAAGAACAAAAAAUCGGACAAAACACAUUCCAUAUCUCCAAAACCUGGACGGUCGUCCAUCCGUCCGAUAUCAUUCGAGGGUCCAUAUGCCCAUAUGGAUGGGCGGACAGUAUCCAAAGAUCUCUCCGAUUCAGAUUGCAGUCUCGUUUUGAUGGACAAUGAAGUAUACGACCAUUAUGAAUCUGCCCAUGUUUGAUGAACGCUUGUAGAUAUAAUUGUGAAUUUAAAAUCGGUAAAAAGAGACGCAAGUUGUGCCUUAAUCCUUAAGGUGUAAAUCCGGAAAUUUCGUCACAGCGCAGUAUUCGCCCUAAAUCAUGUGUUUGCAGGGCCGGGGAAUGCGCUUAUUCUGAAUAUUGCGCUUAAAGAGUUGAGGGAUCUGCAAGGCCGGAGAUACACUAUGACGUAGACCAAUGAUUUCUGAUAUACUUUCAGAUCUAAAUAAUCUGAGAUAAGUUUGGUUGGAUCGCAAUGGGCGGUCUUCCAUGUUGUGCCUUGGAAGGAUAGUUGAAUGUUGAUAUGUUGAAACGUAAGCAAUUGUGUGAUGACGUAACAGUGUCGUCACUGUUGAUUGGAUGACUCGUGUGACGGACAGCGUGAAAAACGCGUACUCCUUUGUUGAUCGUUCUGAGUAUCGUUAUACGACAGCCUUAUGCAAAAUUAUAACGUGUUUCUGUACAGUGGUAACUGGUGUGCUCUUGGAUAUUGGUGCUAGUCUCCAGUUAUCGCUGUACUGAAGAAAUACUGGUAAGGGGAGGUAGCCCCUGGGUGAUUAAAAUGCCCGUAGGUGAAAUGAACAAAGUCCGGAAUGAGAUUAGUGCCUUAUAAACGUCUAUGGAAGGUUUUUAUAUGAGCAAGUGCGUGCACAAUGUCUCGUAUAAUAUAUUGAAUCAGACGUCAACACUCCAUGACGUCAAAUGGAUGUUUCAGUACAGGUGAGCUUAAGUUGUAAUGGUCUUCCAAACAACUGACUGACAAGUUACCUCGAUUGGAAUAAAACUAUCGAUACGUUUGUUGACUGUGGUCCCAGAUAAUUAAAGUAAAAUUUGUAUCUGACGUCAUCGUGAUGACGUCACAGGGAUCCAAUUCGCUAAGAGGGACACGAUGGUGACUUAAAGAGUGAUCCACUGUAAUAGAUGUGCAAAAGAGGAUGUUUUUAAUUUUAAUUUUUAAAAGACCUCAUUUCAUAAAUCGUGAUGGAUGACAUAACCGACCUCAGAAUAUACAUCAAUGCCUUCAUGAGGAUUUGAUGCAACUUAUUAUGUGGUUCGCCUUAAUUACGUCACAGAGGAUCCAGAAAACAUACCAUGCAUGUUCGUUUUUCAUGCGUACUCCGGAAGGUUGUGUCGGGAUUUGGUGCGGGUAGGAUAUGUGUAGUUUUGCCAUUGCAUUUCAAAUAUUUCAUUUAUCUAACAUGUGUUAACGUCUGGAUCUCGGUGAGGUGGAGUAGAUUUUAUGGGUUUGAGUGUGUAUGUUUUCCCCAUAUUUGUUUUUUUAAAGUUAUUACAUAUACAUGACACCGGUGUCAAAUCAAGUCAUUGUUUGCCUAUUGUUGCAAAUUGGCGAUAUAUUUUGAUUCAGAAUCGAAUCUCUAUGCCAUGUGGUGCUAAAAAAACCGGCGAAUAUUAAGAAAUUGGCAACAUAUUCAUGUUCCAUAUAUAUAUGUUUUCUUAUAAUGAAAAUAAAAUAAUAGACAUAGAUUCAUCAUCGUUUAGACAUGAAUUAGCGAUUAGAAAUAGAUUUACAUAUAAGUAACAUUGUAGUUUAUACACCGAAUAGUUGUCUUUUAUUCAAGCACCCCUGCCCCAUUGCAGAGAAAACAUUUCAUAAUCCCUCUGUUCCCUUCGUCAUACACAGAGUAACCUCCCCUGAUCUUGAAUUCAGUAUUCACGAAACCGUCUGCAUGUUUAAACUCACAUUUUGUGUCGAAGCCCAACCUCUUGUUCCAGUGAUAGAUUGAAAAUAAAGUCUUUUUUUUUACAAUGACAUGGAAGGGUUUUGGAAGGCCAAUACCGUUUUGAAUGGUUACAUGAUCUAAGCAAGUUACAAUGAAGUUUGCUUGAGCACAGUAUUCAUUCUCGAGCAUAAGACUGGUUCUACCAUAUGGGCUUAGAUAGCUCAGUGGGUUAGAGCGAUUGAAUGUGAUUGGAUGUUAUGGAUUGAAACACCAGUCUUGUCUCCUUUAAUUUUUACUCUCAGAAAACUGUUGAUUGUUUGAAUUUCAUCUUGAUUAUUGUUUCAUACGAGUGUCGCAAGGUUGUUUUUCAGCAAUAAGAUAUUAAAUCCAUUGACGUGCCGGUUGAGAGUUUUCAAUUUAUUAUUACAGUUAUCGACAGUGUUACGGGGUUCUUUAAAUGUCUUAUGUCUUAUUUGUUUAUUUUGUAUGAUGACUUGUAUUGAUAACACUGUAUUGGUUACAUUGUAUUGAUCACACUGUAUUGAUUACAUUGUAUUGAUCACACUGUAUUGGUUAUUGAUUUCACAUGCAUGAUUCACGUCGUCAUUGAUCUGUGUCACAAAACUGUCAUGAUAUGUAUAUAGUCGUUAACAAAUAUUAGUAUCUAGGAGAUCAACUUUUCCUUAGAAUGUUUAAGUUCACGUUGCUGUUUUCUUUUUAAGAUAUGUUGAAUCGAUUAAUAAAGAAAGACCA